GUGCGGGAUUACUGUAAUCCGACAGAGUCUGGACGACACAUCGGAUCACGACAAAAACCAAAACCCAGAGGCCUGGACCAGAUGUACCUCGUCCGAGAAAAAACAGAUGAAUUUAAGACAUGUUCUGACGAACGAUUGGAAUAUCUGAUGAUAUUGAUUGACAGCGCGCGCUUGGAGAUCGUUUCCUGAAGUGUUCGAUUCAUCUGACAGAAAUUGACAGCAGCUGGGCAUCACCGCAUCGUAGGACAGGGAGGGCAUUAAAAAGCUUUAAUUAGUGGUUUAAGAGAACUUCCCCUUUCCCUUCCCCCUACAGGUUUACAUUCGUACCUAGUUUAACGUUAGCUCCACUACCCUAGUCUGGUCGCCUUGUCGAAGGAGUGGAACACUGCUGAUCCAGAGGUGCUAAACAGAGCUAGCUAGCACAGCUAGCUCAUUUUAGCUAGCUAGCUACGCGGAGGAAUUCGAACCUUUAGCUAGGCUGCUAGCCAUUUCCCGACGCAGAGAUAAGAAGAAGGAUGUCGGGGAAAGACCAAAAUAAACUUUCAACCAUCGACCGGCCGAUCAAAGCCGUGCCGUACCCCCCCGGCACGCGCCUCACUGUCCGAGACCUCUACGUGGACGGGCGGCCCAGCGUGGAGCUGCUGAAGGGCCACCUGGUGAAGGAAGGGCGCCUGGAGGAGGAGGCGGCCCUGCGCAUCAUCAACGACGGGGCCAACAUCCUCCGGCAGGAGAAGUGCAUGCUGGAGGUGGAGGCGCCCAUCACAGUAUGUGGAGAUGUCCAUGGGCAGUUCUUUGACCUGAUGAAGCUGUUUGAGGUGGGAGGUUCCCCCAGCAGUACCCGCUACCUGUUCCUGGGAGACUAUGUAGACCGAGGGUACUUCAGCAUCGAGUGCGUGCUGUACCUGUGGACUCUGAAGAUCAACCACCCCACCACUCUCUUCCUGCUCCGAGGCAACCACGAGUGCCGACAUCUCACAGAGUACUUCACCUUCAAACAAGAGUGUAAAAUAAAGUACUCAGAGCGUGUGUAUGAUGCUUGUAUGGAAGCGUUUGACUGCCUGCCCCUGGCUGCGCUCCUUAACCAGCAGUUCCUGUGCGUGCACGGAGGCCUGAGCCCUGAAAUCACCUGCCUGGACGACAUCCGCAAGCUGGACCGGUUUAAGGAGCCUCCGGCGUUCGGGCCCAUGUGCGACCUGCUGUGGUCGGACCCGGGGGAGGACUACGGCUCGGAGAAGACCCAGGAGCACUUCUGCCACAACAGCGUGCGGGGCUGCUCCUACUUCUACAGUUACCCAGCAGUAUGUGACUUCCUGAUGAACAACAACCUGUUGUCGGUAAUACGAGCACACGAAGCCCAGGACGCGGGGUAUCGAAUGUACAGGAAAAGCCAGACGACAGGCUUCCCGUCCUUAAUCACCAUCUUCUCAGCUCCAAACUACCUUGAUGUAUACAAUAACAAAGCGGCCGUGCUGAAGUACGAGAACAACGUGAUGAACAUCCGCCAGUUUAACUGCUCCCCUCAUCCCUACUGGCUGCCCAACUUCAUGGACGUCUUCACCUGGUCCCUGCCCUUCGUGGGAGAGAAAGUGACUGAGAUGCUGGUUAACGUGCUGAACAUCUGCUCCGACGAUGAGCUCAUGUCGGAGGGAGACGACACGUGUGAGGGUGGAACUCCUGCCGUCAGGAAGGAGGUGAUCAGGAAUAAGAUCCGAGCUAUUGGGAAGAUGGCCCGUGUCUUCUCUGUGCUCAGAGAGGAGAAUGAGAGCGUGUUGCAACUGAAAGGCCUUACCCCGACCGGGACACUGCCUAUGGGAGUCCUGUCCGGAGGCCGACAAACGCUGCAGAGCGCCACCGUAGAGGCAGAAGAGGCACGAGCCAUCCAAGGGUUCAACCCCCAGCACAAGAUCCAGAGCUUCGAGGAGGCGAGGGGUCUGGACCGCAUCAACGAGAGGAUGCCCCCCCGCCGAGACAGCAAGCAGCAGGACAACGCCUCCCUCAACAACCUGCCGCCCGCCAGCGCCGGGCCCCCCGACAAGAACGGCACCAACGCACAGGCCUAGACACACGCCCCUCCCCUCCCGCCCCCUCCCUCCCUCCAUCCUCCCCGCUCCCCGCUUGCCCUCGCUCUGCCUUUUUAUCUUUCGCUCUCUGCUGCCCGCUGGCUCUGCUACCGCUCUCUGCCGCCCCCUGUAUGCCAGUGCCUCCUCUCCCUCCCACUCCCAUCCCUCCCUCCCUUCACGAGUUCUCCUCUUCUUAUGGAUCCUCCUUUCUCCAACCUCUCCUCUCUCUCUCUCUCUCUCCCCCCCCCCCCCCCCAAUUCAUUCUUUUUUUCCUUUCAUCCUCCCCCUCUCUUUUCUUCACUGGCCUCCUCGUCUCCCCCCUCGGCAGUACGGAGGGGGAUUCGGCAGGACCGUCCAACUCUCAUCAUGCAUAUUUAUUUCAUCAUCUAUACAGAAUCUAAUGUCGUAGUUUAAGACCGAAUCUGAACAAAUGAUACAUGAUGAAAACAAAAACAAAAAGUUGAAGAAAAAAAUCAAAAAGACAAGUUCAAUCUGAAAUGUAGAUUUUGAUGUGGAGUCGAUGACGGUAAUCACUGCCCUAAUAAGCAAAGGCAACUCCAUUUUGUAAUUUUUUCAAGUUGAUAUUUGGGAUUACUGACCAUUUAUCAGCUCCCCCGUCCUAGUGUCUGUGCUUGGCAGAGGCAGCGGUGAGGCUGCAAGCUCAUCUGAAGUACCUACUAUGUGUGUGUGUGCCCACCCAAAAGGGCAAGCGAGAGCACUUGAAUGAAAAAAUGCAAAAAAUGAGACGAAUCAAUUGGAACCUCCAUCGCAUUAAAUCCAUCCUUUCUUAAUGCCAA